AUGUCUGACGGCAGUGACAUUGUGAUUAUUGGUAAAGACGACACCAACAAUUAUAACUCGGGAAAUAUCCUACCGCAAUCUGAAGCUACUAUUACCCGGAUUCGUGAGUGGCUGCGACCUACAGAAUACGAUAUCGAAAGCAGCGAAUAUCGCAAACAUUUGGUAUUCCAUCUCGAAGGUACUGGAGAAUGGAUCCACAGAUCAGAGAACUACCUCAAAUGGCAUGAGAGCCAGGAAGAUGGCCUCUUGUGGAUCAAAGGAGUUCCAGGCUCUGGAAAGUCUGUUAUUGCAGCCAGCAUGAUUCAUAAACUCUCUCAAGAAGAAAGCCCAGUUCUUUACUUCUUCUUUCGGCAGAUUGUUGAUGCCAAUCAUCGGCCCAUCAACCUUCUCAGAGACUGGCUAGAUCAGAUUCUCGUCUACUGUCCUCCACUGCAGGCAUCUUUAAAGGCUUAUGUUGACGAGUGCCGGGACCUGGAUAGUUUGUCGAUUGACGAGCUAUGGAGACACCUAAGAACAGCUCUGGCAUCUGUGCCCAGGGUCUAUUGCGUGGCAGACGCGUUGGACGAAAUGGACCACGGUAAUAGCGAAUUCAUCAACCAAAUGGCUAAACUUGGUAACUGGAAGCCUUCAUCUGUGAAGGUAUUGUUGACCAGCCGACCCACUUCCAGCAUCGAGGCCGUAAUGAGAGGCACGAGGUUUCUUCACAUCCGAAUGGACGAGAAGGCUGUGGAUGUCGAUAUCUCUUCUUACGUGAGAUAUUGUCUAUCUGGCACUUCUCUUUCUGAGCGCGAUCAACGCCUUGUCAAGGAAGCGGUACCUGGCCGAGCCAACGGUCUGUUCCUCUACGCUAAAUUGGCCAUGAAAUCAUUCUUAGAUCCAGAAGCCGACAUUCAUGAGGCGAUCCGCAAGCUUCCGCUUGAUUUGGACGCUAUGUACAUCGGAAUUCUACGAGAGCAUGCUCGGAGAUCCGGCGUUCCAGAGAAUACGCAGGUGCUGAUCCUGCAAUGGGUGACUCACGCGACUCGUCCUCUACGACUGCUAGAGCUCGCCGAUAUGCUCAAGACAGUCGAGGGAAGUAGAUUCCCAGAUAGUUUGAAAGAGAACAAAGAUCUGGUUCGGGCUGCGUGUGGCCCUCUGAUCGAGGUCUUACCAGAUGAGACUGUAAGCGUUGUGCACCAUUCACUCACCGAGUUUUUGGUUGGGACGUCAAGAACAGUACAUACCCCUGCUUAUCCUAUAUUGGAUUCCUCGCCGACUCACUACGAUCUUGCUCUCGCUUGCCUCCGAUAUAUCUGCGCUGGCUGCCUUCAAGAUGAAACUCUUACUCCGUCAGAAACUAUCGAUCGCGAACACAACCGCAACCUGGAUUUUCCAUUCGCAUCGUAUGCUAUAAAGAAUUGGCAUGCGCACGCUGCAAAAUCUGAAUGGAAUUGCUUGCAAAAUGACUUAUUGUAUCAACAAAUUGAAUUGUUCUUGGGAAAUAAGGAGACACGAAACAAUUGGCUGACAACAUACUUCGAUGCCCCUGAAAGAGUGAGGGUUGAAGAAGACACCACCUCCAUGUCGGAUUUCCAUGUCGCUGCGUUGUGCGGCCUCAAAGCGUGCAUCUCGGCCCUGAUUGAUCGUCUGGGUCAGAAGAGCAUAGACGAGCAAGACGCAAGGAAGAGAACCCCCCUGUGGUGGGCUGCUUCCAGCGGUCACGCAGAUAUCAUUGAGUUGCUACUAAAACAGGGGGCAUCGCCUAGUACACAUGACAUUCAAGGCCACCAGGCAUUGCAUGUAGCUGCAAAGAAGGAUAAAGCACAAGUUGUCCAGCUGCUUCUUGAAAAGGGAAUAGCUCCUACAGUGCCACGUCUCCCAACAGACACCGAACCAACCACAGACUAUGCAGAUACACCACUGUCAUAUGUAGCAUCAUACGGCCAUGUCAACAGCUUAGAAGCGAUGCUUCCAUUGCUGAACACUACCGAGAAACAAUCUGCCUUGCGCAUCGCCAUAAAAUACAGACAGCCCCAGUUCGUUAAACGCCUACUUCAGGAGUCUGAUGUCGAUCCGAAUGACAAUACAGAAUUUGAGACACCUAUCUUUCUCGCUGCUAGAACAUGCUGUGUUGAAACAGUCGAGGUGUUGGUGAAUGCUGGCGCGGAUGCUUCUAUUGUUUGUAGGGUGAAGGCCGACGUCUGGGACAAACAAGAGAAUGUGUUGGAACGUCCUUGGUCGACUCCUCUGAUAGAGCUGUGUGAGCCACAGUCUCAUUUCAUACGUCGGCCAUACAUCUCUCCCCAUUACAUGUCGGAUUUGAACUGUUCAGAUUUUGAUCGGAACUUGGCAUUGCUUAUCCAAGCUGGUGCACAAGUCAACGAGAGAGAUUCUCUGGGUCGUGCUCCUAUACACUCUGCGCAGUUUUCGCACGUGUUAAGACGUCUGCUCGCAGAGGGCGCUGAUACAAAUGCUGAGACAAAGGAUGGGAAGAUCGCGCUGCACUGCCUGCCGAAGAAAGGUGAAGAAGAAUACCUGAAGCUGCUGUUGCAAGAGGGGAAUGUGGACAUCAACAAAAGAGAACACAUCAAAGGCAGGACACCUCUUCUUUCUGCUCUCUAUCAUGAUUCAGCCCUUGCUUUCCAGAUGCUGAAAUAUAGUCCCGAUUGUACUGUCACUGAUUUCGAAGGAAAUGGACCUCUCCAUUACGCAUUUGCUCAUUAUGAGAGAAUGUCUUCGCCUAGGAACUCUGCAGACGAUGGCUGGAAGAAUGGAGAGAGUAAUCUACUGUCAGUUGUGAGAAAACUUCUCGAAGCUGGUUCGGAUCCGAGUCUGACAAAUAUCGAUGGAGAGACGCCUUUACAUAUUCUUGUCGCCAAGGGGUUUACCCACCAAGAGGAAUGUCUGCGUAUACUACUCGAAUAUGGAGCUGAGAUCGAUGCCAAGGACAUCAGAGGUCGGACACCCUUGUUCCGGGCCGUGGGCAAAUAUCCAAAGCAACCCAUGAUGACUGAUAUUCUUGAUAUCCUUAUCAAGGCCUCCGCAAGUCUGGUCGUCCGCGACAAUUAUGGGCGAACCCUCCUUCACGAAGCAAUCCAUAGCAUUACCGACCUUGACUAUGCACAAAGGAGACUUACCGAUGUUUACCAAUACCUUCUUGACGCUGGUGCCUCACCCUUUGCCGUGGACCUAGACGGCAACACUCUAUGCCACGAGUUGGUUCUCGCACCCAAUGCAACAAGGCUAUCAGGUAAAGGAGAGAUGUUCCUUUCACUUUUCGAAAAGGCGGGAUUGGAUGUAAACCAACCCAACUAUGCUGGCACGACACCCAUGCAUCUGGCCUGCCGCAUGCGUCUGGAUGGAAGUCAUGGGGUCAAUUACCAUGCAAAAGAUUGCUUGAGAUGGCUCCUGAAACAAUCACCCGAUGCCAACGCUUCAGAUACCCGUGGGUUGAGGGCCAUCCACUUCGCCGCCUCCACGAACACUUACACUGUCGACCGCUUGUUGCGCGUCGGUGCAGAUACAUUUGUUACCACAAACCAAGGCAUGAAUGCUCUACAUAUCGCCGCGAGGUGUAAGAGAAGUAACAGUCUUGGCCUGCUACUUCAGCGCAUGCACGAGCUAAAUCCCGACACCGCGAAAGUGGCACUCGACCAGAAGGAUAUUUUCCAAUACACGCCAUUGCAUUACGCCAGUCGCUCUGGGAUCAUCGAGUCUGUGAAACUCUUGAUCGAAGCAGGAGCUGAGGUCAACCCUACGUUUGAUAAAUUUCGAGGGACAUGCUGUCCUGAACCCUGGCUCCCUCCAAUUCUUCAGUGUGCAUUCUUUGACCGUGAACAACGUCUCUGGAGGCGCGGACCAGUCAAGAAAAUACCAAGUGAUGAUGAGCUUCCAUUUCACCAGUUGAAUGAUCCUGACACAAACAUCGCGGCUGGUUACACUGUCGAGAACAAGGAAAGGCACUUUGAUGAGAUCGUAUCAGGACCUCAACUUGAAGUCCUCGAUCCAGUGUAUGAGGCAUCGCGAUAUGAUGAGAUCAUCAACGCUUUGCUUGACGCAGGGGCAGAUGUGUUUCUGGGAGCACACGGUCCAAGGUCGGCACUCUAUCGUGCGAUGCUUUUCGCAUCAGACGAGUGGCAGGAUUACAUUACGAACCUCCUCUGGAACUGCCAGGAGAAAGCUGGGCAUCUGGAACUCCCUACUCCUCUUCAUGUUGGAAUAUCAAGAAGCAAAGCUCUCCGUCAAGCAGAGGUUACGGUGUUAGGUGAGUCAUUCAUACCACGUGCAAAAGAAACAAAAUGGCAGAGAGUGGCACGAUUGCUGUCGGACCGCCACUUCGCUUUGGUAGCGAACUUGUACAAAGCUGGUGCGAACUAUACUGCUGUCGAUGCCGAGGGUGUGUCGAUCAUUUCGCGACUCGUCGAAUAUGGUUAUUAUGAAUUAGUCAGUGACUGCUGUUCUCCUGAAGAGGCAGUAAGGUUUGAUGAUCCUAAACGGAUAAAGGAACAAGGCGCGGAAGAGCUUGAGCCUUUGCUUGUGACGGCUUGUCGACGCUCUUCUCCCAAUAUGGAAGCCAUUCGUGUCUUGGUAGAGGAAAAAGGAGUCGACAUAAACGCACGAGGUCGUGGCGGUCUUACUGCUCUUCAUGUUCUAGUCACUGGCAAAGAGUGGUGGCAAGUCUUUCACGCCAUGCUAUACUUGCUUUCUAAAGGCGCAGAUAUGGAAAUUAGAGACGACAAGGGAUGUACACCACUGCUUUAUUCUUUCACAAAAUGGGGUGCCUUCCGGACUGCAGCGAUGAAGCUGCUGAUCGAUAAAGGAGCCGACGUGAACGUCGUCGAUUCCGAGGGAAAUGGAUGUCUGAAUAAAGCAGCACACAAAGAAGAGUUUGUUAGACUCUUAGUCGGUCAUGGAGCAGAAGUCAGUCCAACCACUAUCCUUUCUGCGAUUGAGUCCAAGUACCCGAACAUUUUGAGCAUUCUGCUGUCUGGCGAAAAGUCUGCCUCCCUUGCGGCGUCUUGGGAGAUGACACUACAGUACGCAAAGGAGUUGGAUCCUGAUGUAAACCCGCAAGAAGCCCAGAUGAUACGACAAGGUCAUCCUUUGCUCUUGGCAAGCUCCGCAUUGGGCACGCUUCGGGGCGGCGUCGAAUUCGAUCGUGAUGCUGCCGCCAAGCAGAUGAUGGAAGCUCUCCUCGGAGCUGGCUUCAGUCCGUAUGCCAAAUGCCUAGUCAUCGUUGAAAAGGUUCGGUUGCCAAACAGACCUUCCCUACCAAUGGCUAUAGCGACCCAUGCGUGGCACAAGAAGGAUUCCACGGUUGAGUUUAUCUCCUAUGCUAAGAGUCCUCACAUUUUCAGACCACCUUUUAUGGCUGAAAGGGUAGUUGUGCACGAAAUCUUGAAAGGAAAACGUGUCUAUGAGCCGAUCUUAGAGUUAGCCGAUCUUGAUAUGGAGUUCCGCGAUGCAUCUAGGGAGACUCUUCUUCUGGCUGCGUGUGAGCGAGUGUCAAGUAGGCGUCCUCGGGGCGCUAGAGAAGACUAUUUACCUCUACGACUCCUGCUCGACAAAGGGGCUGAUGCCUAUGCAGUGGAUAAUUUCGGCAGAAACGCACUUCAUAUUAAACUCGGAUCUCGAGCUCUGAACGAUGAUAAAUUGGAAGGACUCAAGGACCUAGGGAAUGCUGUACCGGCCUUGAUCAACCAGAAUGAUGCUGAUGGAUAUCGGCCACUCCAUUAUGGCCUAGCUGCACUGGCGCAUGGCGAGGCGGAUAUGCUUGCCACUGAUGGUCUUGGAAACAACGCGCUGCAUUACCUUGCCCCUGGCCUCCUUGGGUGUCUCUGCUAUGAUGGAAGUAAUACUCGAGAUCCUUUUGAGCGGUUCUUGGAGUUGGGACUGGAUAUCAAUGGGCGCAACAAUGCUGGCCAGACACCAGCGUUCUUUCUUGCCAUGAGAGGCUAUGAUGAUGACAAUGUGGAGGAGGUGGUGAAUUGGUUGGAUGGAUUGGGAGUAGAUUGGCAGGCGAGAGACGACAAGAGGAGAACUAUUCUUCAUGAAAUGGCGGACGAGAAGGAGCAAUUGUUUAAAGCUAUUAUGGACAAGGGAAUUGAUCCUUUGGCGGAGGAUGUUGAUGGGCGGUCGUCUUUGGAUUUAGUGACGGCUUAUGAUAAUCAGAAUGUCCUGAAAUUGUUUGAUCUGGAUGGUAAGGAUGAUAGGGAAUGA